GAAAUUUUGUAUGUAUUACGCUAUUGGAUGCAGCGGUUCAUAUAAAAUCUACUCAGUUUUUUAAAUAAGAUUUUUGCAUUAAAGACGUCUUUCAACCGGCAUUCUUGUAGGAAUUUCAUCGGUUUUAAGUUAAAUUAACAUAAAUUCGAAAAACUAACAUGUUCGCUUGUGCAGUGUGUGGUGAGCCAACUAAAAGUAAAUGUUCAAAUUGUAAUCAAAGUUUCUAUUGUUGCGAGGAGCACCAGAAACAACAUUGGAAGGUGCACAAAGUCGAUUGCAGACCAUUCAAAGUGGAGUAUAGCGAUCAAUUGGGAAGAUGUUUGGUGGCAACUCGCAGCAUAAAGCCCUUCGAAAUAAUUAUGAAGGAGGCACCCUUAAUUUGUACACCGUCCCAAGUAACAAGUCCAGUGUGCCUUGGAUGUUUGAACGGCAUUGAACCUUCUGACUAUAUUGAGUGCGAUAAGUGCGGCUGGCCACUUUGCGGUAUCGAGUGUAAAGGCAAGGCAGAGCACCUAGCUGAAUGUGAUUUUACUGUGGAAAGAGGCUCAAAAGUGUCAAUAAAAGAGUUUACAAGUCCUCAUCCCUUGUAUCAAUGUAUGGGCACAGUGCGUUGCCUACUAUUGUCACAAAAUGAUCCGGAAAAAUGGAAACGGUUCCUGGAGCUUGAAUCACUAGAAAAGCAACGUCGAGGCUCUAUGCAAUGGAAAGCCGACUUAGAAAGUAUCGGUAAAUUUAUACCAAGAUUUUUCAAAACAUCUGACUUCAACGAGGAAUUGAUUAUGAAAACAAUUGGCAUUUUACAAAUUAACGGUCAUGAAGUUCCAGCCACUGAUCCUCCACAUGUUGCAGUAUUUAAUAAUGCAUCGUUUUUGGAGCAUUCUUGUUAUCCCAAUUUGGCAAAGAGUUUUACAAAGGAUGGAGGCUUAAUCCUAUGGGCUCCACAUGCAAUUAAAAGGAAUACGCAUUUAAGCAUUUGCUACUCAGAUGCUGUUUGGGGAACUGUAGAGAGGCAGCAACAUCUCAUGCAUACAAAAUUAUUUAAAUGCGCUUGCAUAAGGUGUAUGGAUGUAACAGAAUUUGGAACUAAUUACGAUGCCUUUCAUUGCACCGAAUCCAAUUGUGAGGGAGUCAUUUUACCGCUAAGCACAAAGGAUUGGAAUUCUAAAUGGAGUUGCUUAACAUGUGGAAACCAAGCUGACAUAUCAUUUGUAAAGAAUAUUUUAGAAAAGGCUGGAAAAGAUUUGGGGGCAAUGAGCAAAACUGUGGAAAAUUGUAUCAAAUAUAUUAAGCAUUAUAAAAAAUGGCUGACUAGUAGACACUAUUACAUUUGUCAAGCCAAAAUACAGUUGGUGCAACUAAUUGGUACUGAUCCCAAGGAGCUUAUGGUAGUACCUGAGGAUAAACUCAAUCUCAAAUUGGAAUAUGUUAAAGAGUUGAUCGAUUUAUAUGAGAAAUUAGCACCGUGUGAAGUCCGCAUGUUGGGUACAUUUUGUUUUGAGUUGCACUCAGCCAUAGCAGAGCAUACACGUCGAGUGGCAUUGCAGACCACAUUAUCUCCGAAAAACAUGUUGGAGGAAUCCUUACUCUAUGUUGAAAAAUGUAUAAAUUAUUUGCAGCAUGAAUGCGACCUGUUUGUAGAGGGUCACAUCCUUAUACAGGCGAGAAUCAACAGAGACGCUCUAAGAAUGGUGCUAGUAAUGUAAAAAAAGAACGCUCAAUUAUCUUUGUAUUUUUAAUUUAUUAUUUCAUCCUAUUAAAGAAAUUUAAAACUUAUUUUAUUUUCUGGUAAAUAGAUUAAAGGAAGAAAUUGGUAGCUUAGAGUGAAAAGUAGCUAAGUCCACUUUUUUUGAAAACUCAUAUUUUGAUAAAGGAAG